GCAGCCUCGGUGUCUAUCAAAGUAGGCGAAAAGUGGUCGAUUGGGCGGAGAAUUGGAGCUUUGUUUGAGAGCAAAGGGAGCCUGGAGUUAUGUUUGAGAUGUUUAUAUAAAUGCUUUAUAUCACAGGACACUCGUCACUCACGCUCUCUUUAUACUUGUGAUUCUUUCCUUGUUCUUUCGUGCGUGUCCGAACACCGGUGUCCGGGCUGUGAUGGAGCGCUGGCGGGGCAGAGUGGCUCUGGUGACCGGAGCCUCGGUCGGGAUUGGGGCGGCUUUAGCUGUAGAGCUGGCACAGCUCGGAAUGAAAGUAAUGGGCUGCGCCAGGGACGUCGAAAAAAUACAGAAACUGGCAGCAGAGUGUCAGAGCGCCGGCCACUCUGGUGUUCUGGUGCCUUUCAAGUGUGACUUGACCAACGAAGAGGAGAUUCUGUCCAUGUUUGCAGCGAUCAAACAGCAGCACAGAGGCGUGGACGUGUGCAUCAACAACGCCGGCUUGGCUCACCCAGAGCCGCUGCUAAGUGGCAAAACCAGCAGCUGGAAGAACAUGAUGGAUGUGAACGUUUUUGGAUUGAGUAUCUGCACGCGUGAAGCAUAUCAGUCAAUGAAAGAGAGACAUGUUGAUGAUGGCCACAUCAUAAACAUAAACAGUGUAUGUGGACAUCAUGUGAUUCCCCAUGGUGAGGUACAUUUCUACGCCGCCACCAAGUUUGCUGUAACCGCUCUGACUGAGGGCCUAAGGCAGGAGCUCCGUGCAGAAAACACCCAUAUCCGAGCCACAAGCAUUUCUCCCAGCUUAGUGAAGACUGAAUUUCCUUUGCGGCUCUAUAGCAACAAUCCAGAUAUAAAAGCCAGAGUUUUCUCUGCAUAUAAGCCUUUGGAAGCAAAAGAUGUUGUCAACGUUGUUAUAUAUGUGCUCGGUGCCCCUCCUCAUGUUCAGAUUGGAGAGGUUCAGGUGCUAGCAACAGAGCAGAAGUUUUAGAGUUGCACCAUGAGACCCUCCUGAAUUAAUAAGACCAAUUCUUCUCCUUUAUGAAACUGACGACCAGCAUUGGGUGUAACAUGCUGCCGUAAUCAGAUUACAUUUUUUCAGUAAUACAACACAGUUGUAACAAUUAUAGCACUACUGGCCUUUUGAAGGUUCUUCCAAUCAUCUGGAGGAUGGCCAAAUAGAAAGAAAAAACUGUUAAUCAUGUCUUGCUGUUGCUCUAUAACCAGCUGAUUUUAGUUCGUGUGUAAGCAGCAGGAAAAUUGUAAAAUGGGAAUCAACUUCUGAGGAGUAAAAAUAAGGACAUUACUUGUAUUUCUUGUAUUGCAUGAAUUGAUAAGAGCACAAUGGUAAAAGCACAAACUGCAUCCAUGAUGGAAGCAACUGCAUUAUACAACUAACUCAACAUUAGCUCUUUGCAAAUAUCUGCACACACACCAUGCAAACACAAGGCUAGUUAAAAGCCCAGAGAGAUAGCUGAGUGUAUGCUAACCCCAGCCCAGCAGCCAGAGCCUGAUCUUAAACAUCUAACAAAUGCAGUGAUGAGGUCGGAGGUUCCAUUUCUACCCACUCUACCUGUUUCUACAGUGUAAUCACAGUGGCAGUCUUUUUUUAAACAGUGUUAGAGCUGGUUUUCAGCGUUUAGAAUUAAACGCUAAAAGAAAUGCAUAUCCACGCAAGUUGGGGAUUUGUGUCAGUGUGUGGGGCUAUAGCCUAAGGUCAUGUUGUUCUUGGUAAUUAUAUGAUAGUGUAUUUCAGGGAAUCUUACAGAGUAAAAUCUCACAGGUAAUGUGAGUAAUGACUGAAACACAGGGGACAGUUUAUGAUCUGGUCCUAAAAUAACUUUAUGAUGUUUGUGCUGGAAAAUUUUACUAAUUUAUCUAAUAAAAUGGUGUUCAAGGAAA